AUUUUUCCUCGGGUUUCCCACCCGCUUCCCGCAUAGAAAGCCCGUGUGCGUCUGCGCCACAGGCAGCGCUGGCUCAUGUCAGGGUUUCAUUUCUACAGCUGAUUCACGAGAAAUUACACAAUUUCGUUGCCUAUUGGGCGGAAUCCUCCAGGAGCUUGACAGGAAAGGGGAGAGUGUGGCGUUUUCUGAAAUCAUAGGCGUGGUUUUGGAUGGAGAUGCUCCGUCUGCUCCUGCUGGGAUCCCCACCUGCCCUCACACCGCGUUUGUCACAGCGCCAGCUGGUAUUUUCUUGAGCUCGAGCCACCACAGCGCGUAUUUGAUUAAAUUUUUAUUUUUGUCACGGGAGAUAGGCCUAAAGACUCUCUCUCUCUCUGUCUCUCUCUCUCCGGGGGUGUAGUGUAAUUACAGCGCGGGGAACGUGCGGAGCGCCCGGUUUAAUCACCUCCAGAGCGGCUGUGGCGGUGGUGGUGGCGGCGGCGGAGGCGCACGACACUUGGUGAUAAACAAGACAGCGGACAGCGCGUCGCUUGGCCUCCAGGCAGCAGCAGUAGUAGUAACAGCGGCAGUGGAAAAAGAACCAAAGCGGAGAUCCUGGUUCAUGUGUAGGGCUGUUCGACGCGCAGGUCGUGCCCGCAGCGGUUCGCAAGGAUGGAAAAUAAACGCAAGAUGCCCAGAAGAUCGCCCCUGCUCCGGUUACUCGUGGUGGCGUCUGUUUUACUUGUAGUGGACACCAAGAAAGCCAAGCUUCGCUGUCCUCUGUCAUGUACAUGUACCAAAGAUAACGCGUUGUGCGAAAGCGCAGGACAGAUCCCUCGCGGCUUUCACUCCGAUGUCAUAUCACUAUCAUUCGUCAAGUCUGAAUUCACUGAAAUCCCGAAAGAGAGCUUCAUCCACACGCCUGCCCUGCAUCUCCUCCUCUUUACAGCAAACAACCUGGAAUCCAUAAAUGAGGACGCUUUCCUUGGUCUUCCUCAUCUGGAGUAUCUGUUCAUUGAAAAUAACCAAAUCAAGUCGAUAUCACCACAGGCUUUCCGCGGACUAAAAACCUUAGUGCAUCUGAGUCUAGCCUACAAUAAUCUGGAGACCCUGCCCAAAGAUUUGUUCAAGGGUCUUGAGGCCUUGACAAAAGUAGACUUGCGGGGAAACCAGUUCAUCUGCGACUGUAAACUCAAGUGGUUGGUGGAGUGGAUAUACAACACCAAUGCCACAGUGGAUCAGAUUUACUGCAAAGGCCCGGCCUUGCAGCUGGACAAGAAGAUCAACGAUCUGGCACCGCAGUCUUUUGACUGCAUCACCACAGAGUUUGCUUCCUACCAGUCUCUGAAGUUUGAGUCCAUAUCGGUGGAGGCGUUUUCCUUUGGGAAUGACCAGUAUGUGGUGUUUGCUCAGCCUUUCAUUGGGAAAUGCAGCUUUCUAGAGUGGGAUCAUGUGGAGAUGGUCUUCAGAAACUUUGACGAUAUCAACAGCACAUCCACAGUGAUUUGCAAACCACUGGUCAUUGACAACCAGCUUUUUAUCAUCGUGGCUCAGCUGUUUGGUGGCUCACACAUCUAUAAGCGUGACACCUCUGCAAAUAAAUUCAUCAAGCUUCAAGGCAUUGAUAUCCUCAAAAUUCGCAAACCAAACGACGUUGAGACUUUCCAGAUCGAUGGAGAAUCUUUCUUUGUGAUAGCAGACAGCUCCAAGGCCGGUUCCACCACCAUCUACAAGUGGAACGGCAAUGGCUUCUACUCUCACCAGUCACUCCACCCAUGGUACCGGGACACCGAUGUGGAGUACAUGGAGAUUUCAUCCAAACCUCACCUGAUCCUGUCCAGCAGCUCCCAGAGGCCAGUCAUCUACCAGUGGAACAAAAGCACCAAGCUGUUCGACAGACGCACCGACAUCCCAGAGAUGGAGGACGUCUACGCUGUGAAGCAUUUCCAGGUCAAGUCUGACCUCUUCAUCUGCCUGACACGCUUCAUAGGUGACUCCAAAGUGAUGCGCUGGGACGGGGCCCUCUUUAGAGAAUUGCAGACCAUGCCCUCUCGUGGCUCCAUGGUGUUCCAGCCCUUCUCUGUGGGCAACUGGCAGUAUGCCAUCCUGGGCAGCGACUACUCUUUCACCCAGGUAUACCGCUGGGAUGCCAAGAAGGGCGAGUUUGUCCAUUUCCAGGAGCUGAACAUCCAGGCGCCGAGAGCCUUCUCUCCAGUCUCCAUAGACAACCGGCAGUUCCUGCUGGCCUCCAGUUUCAAAGGGAAAACUCAGAUCUAUGAGCAUCUGGUCAUUGAUCUGAGCAAUGAGUGAUUGUUUCUUUGGCUGAUUGAUGGGUUAUUGGUAACUUGAGUGGUCUUUGUGUUUGAAGGAGGUUGUUGCAGCAGACACAGUGCUGAACAACACCGAAAGUGAUCAUCAGUUGAUCCUAACUUGAGAAAAGCAGGCAUUACUCAUGCUCAUUUUAAAAAUCUUCCAUUGAAAUCAGUGCAUGAUAAAUGUAGAGAUAAAUACAUGCAUCUCAACCAAAUACAUUUGGCUGAGAUGCAUGUUGAGUUCAAUGCAUGGAUCUCAGCCAAAUAUAUCUGGCUGAGAUGCAUGUUGAGUUCAAUGCAUGAAUCUCAAGUUAGGAUUAGACCCAAGAUGUUGUCAAGACAUUAAUGCAUGACCAGGGCCUCACUCAGGCCGUCCCAUCCAGAUAAAUGCAACAUCCAUGCGCAUUAAUCCAUUAAAUCUAGCAUUGGCCAGUAGGUUAUUUUUGUGUUCAACCACUCAUGUGACUCAGCAAAGUUUCUACAUUUGUAAUCUCAUAUAUUUAUCUACAGAAAGUAAUAAUAGUACUUUUUAACCUAUUAACAUGUUUAACUCAACAAAUCUGCCAAAACAAAUGUUUACAUUUUUCUGUCUUUCCACUUGUUCGCUAAAAGAUUUGUAAAUUAAGCUUUUGUAAGUUUAAGAGGGACCACGCCAGUUAGAUAAAUAUUUGUUAAGGAGAAUGAUUUAAAAUUAUGUUUAUAAUUUGGAAAAUAUCAACAGAAAUGUUGUGUGAGAAUCUACCUGUAUAUCCUUGCAACUUACAUUUUUAUCAUUAAUGGUUUGUAUAAUGUUUAAAGUAUUGAGAAAUACAGCCUUUCAUAAGAAGUAUGGAAAACGUUUUGGGCACACAUGGAACUAUUUUCAGACACUUCAAGGAACUGAAUGAAAAACUGAGGAUAUUGUUCAUAAUGCUUUACCUUUGACUAACUAUGUAUGCAAAAUACAUCAAUUGUGUCAUGAUUAGGAUUAAGUUAUUGACUAAUAUCAUGCUAUUUAGAGUCAAUAAAGGUUUACAUCAUUAA